AUGCACUGUUGCCUCACUCGACUCUUUCUGGACAAAUCUCAUCCAAGAUGUUCUCCCUCUCCGCCCUCGCACGCCACCAUAGGCCUCUACCUCCUCGACUACGGCGCGGGCAACGUCCAGAGCCUCGCUAACAGCAUCAACAAACUCGGCCAUGCUUUCCAGUGCAUCUCCUCGCCAGCGGACUUCGACAAGGCCACAAGCCUCAUCUUCCCUGGCGUCGGCGCAUUCGAGAGCGCGAUCGAUGGCCUCAUAUCACGCGGCCUUUACGAGCCCCUGCGCGAGUACAUCGCCUCGGGGAAACCGUACUUCGGCAUCUGCAUAGGCAUGCAGGUCCUCUUCCGCUCCUCGCUCGAGUCCCCCACCUCCACCGGGCUCGGCAUCGUCCCGAGCGACAUCGGCCUCUUUAGCAACGUGGACAAGUCCGUUCCCCACAUGGGCUGGAACUCGGUCGAGUUCCUCGAUCCGGCGGAAACGGCGCACGAAGGCAUCGACCCCGCGGCGCGCUACUAUUUCGUCCACUCCUUCCGCGCGCCAUAUGACUGGGAGCACGCGGAAGCCGCCCAAUGGGCGCACACCACAACGCAGUACGGCCAGGAGAUCUUCUUGGCGUCGGUUCGUAAGGGGAACGUCUUCGCGUGCCAGUUCCACCCGGAGAAGUCUGGAAAGGCCGGCCUGCGCGUCCUCGACGCAUGGCUCAGCUCGUCCGAGGCGGAACGUGCGACUAGCCCGCCCACUCCUCGCAUAGCACGUCAUCCGAAUCCGAAGGACGGCUUUACGAAGCGCGUCGUGGCAUGCAUGGACGUCCGGUCGAACGAUGCCGGUGACCUUGUUGUUACAAAGGGUGACCAGUACGACGUUCGCGAACGCACAAGCGCGGACGGUGUGCAAGCACAGGCCGCAGGUGAAGUUCGCAACCUCGGUAAACCCGUCGCGCUCGCCGCACGGUACUACGAGGAAGGCGCGGACGAGCUCUGUCUCAUGAACAUCACCUCCUUCCGCCACUCCCCUCUACUCGACCAGCCGAUGCUGGCCGUCGUUCGCGCGGCUGCGGAAACCGUCUAUGUCCCGCUCACGAUCGGUGGUGGCAUCAAGGACACCGUGGACC